GGUGUGGGGGCAGGGGAGACAAUGAGUUCGUCGCUGGAGAAGCCGCAGAUCAUUAGUCACAUCCAGAAAUCGCUUAACUACACCCUGUUCGACUGCAAAUGGAUCCCGUGCAGUGCCAAGUUCGUCUGCAUGGGCAACUUCGCACGCGGCACCGGCGUGCUGCAGAUCUACGAGGUGUCACACGGGGAGCUGGCGCUGGUCAAGGAGAUUGAAAAAUCGAAACCUUUUAAAUGUGGCACCUUUGGAGCCACCUCUUUGCAACAGCGGUAUCUAUCUACUGGCGACUUCGAUGGAAACCUGCACAUUUGGAACCUGGAGGCACCAGAAAUGCCAGUCUAUUCAGUAAAAGCACACAAGGAGAUCAUAAACAGUAUUGAUGGUGUAGGAGGCCUGGGAAUUGGGGAGGGAGCUCCGGAAGUGGUUACUGGCAGCAGAGAUGGAAUGGUAAAAGUCUGGGACCCAAGGCAAAAAGACACUCCAGUGGCAAAUAUGCAGCCUGCAGAUGGGGACACCAGGCGGGAUUGCUGGACCGUGGCAUUUGGUCAUGCCUACAGCUGCCAGGAGCGCUGUGUAUGCGCGGGAUAUGACAAUGGUGAUAUCAAGCUGUUUGAUCUAAGAAGUAUGUCACUCCUCUGGGAAAAAAACAUCAGGAAUGGGGUUUGUUGCGUCGAGUUUGACAGAAAAGAUAUCAACAUGAAUAAACUGGUGGCCACUUCCUUGGAGGGAAAGUUUCACGUAUUUGACAUGAGGACCCAGCACCCAACAAAGGGUUUUGCUUCAGUCAGUGAAAAGGCAUAUAAAUCAACCAUCUGGCAAGUCCGCCACUUGCCACAAAACAGAGACAUCUUCAUGACAGCGGGAGGGGCUGGCAAUCUGCACCUUUGGAAAUAUGAAUACCCUGCCCAGCGCUCAAAGAAGGACUCUGAGAACACAGACAUGGGAGUUGCAGGCACAGUCACACUGCUCCAAAACGUGACUGUCUCUACCCAACCUAUAGGAAGCCUUGACUGGAGUCCGGACAAGCAGGGCCUCUGUGUCUGCACUGCAUUUGACCAAACAGUGCGAGUUCUGAUUGCCACCAAACUCAAUCGAGUUUAAUGAAUGAACCAAGGACAUUCUGUACUGAAUAUUCUUCUGCUGUUCGAAGAGGGUGGAAGUAGUGCUCCGUUUGUACUACAUCAUCAGCCAACAGAAGUCUUUGUUGAAGUGGAUCAUGCCCCAUUUCUCAUCGAGAGCACAUUUUUCUUUUGAUGGUGCCCCAUCUAGUGGUAUGAGCGAGGAUUGCUAGAAUGAAGUGUUAAAUCUGACUGGCUGUGUUCCGGUGGGUAGCUCAACACUUGUGCUCGGUAACCUCUGUGGACUGUGUUUCAAGUGUUUAAAAUAUUUAUUUUAUUAUAAAGGACAGUUAUCCAUUUUAUAAUUUGAAUUGAAGUUUUGAAAAGCCUGGAAGCACGGCACGAGUGUGAAUAUUCUGCUCAGAGUUUUUAAAAAAAAAUCCAAUGAAAAUAGGUUUUGAAGGGCUUGCAACUUUUCUUGUCAAAUUGUACAUACAACUGAAAAGUGUUCACAUUACAGGGGCAUCCAACCUUGGGAGCUGGAAUUGGAUGUUUACGGAGUCAAUGGUUGGACUGCAUCCGCUUAUGCAGGAGUGCAAGCCUCCAUGUAUAAAAAUGAAAAUUCCAUACACACACACGAAUGUAGACACCACUUUCCCAUUACAUUUCUGGCCCCCAUCCUCCUCUUUUCCUGAAGCCCUCAAACCUGCCAAGUUUCAGUUUAGAGCCUUUUGAUCUGGAGUACCACUUAAAGGCUGAUUCCUGAUUGGUGCAAAAUUCACUGUAGUGAGAUUGUUUUUUUUUAUUUUUGUGGCAUGUUAAAUAACUGUUUACAAACUAUUUCCUAUUGUUCCUUCAUUGUUACUGGUGAGGGGCAGGACAGAUGUAAAUUCUGCCACUGUCUCCACUAAGGGAAACAAACUCUCGUUGGGUUAUUAUAGUCUCUCGUUGGGAGUAUGGUUUAAACAUUGUAUUUUGUCUAUGAUUGUAAAUUAAAUGAAUCUAAAAAGCAUUUCUGACAGUUCUUGCUUUGCUGAUUUUGUUUUAAAAUUGAGUUUACUAUUUUCCUGAGAUUAUCAGACAUAUUUUGCACAGUAGAGUGUACAUUUGCAUUAGAAAAACUAUUGAUAAUUUGUCACAUCUCAAAUAAACUGUACAAAAUGUAAAAAUGUA